AGACCAAGUAGGGCCAUGGCAGGGCAUGGCUGUCUAGGUCUGGGGCUAUUCCUUGGGGUCCUGCUUGCUGUUCCCGUAGGCCCCCAGCCUGCUUCCUCCAUCCCAGGGGCCCCCCUUGCCACGUUGACCCCACCACCUCAGAGUGAGGCCUCUAUGCUGUCUCUCAACCUGGGACUUAACUUCAAAUUUCACCUUCGGGGACGGGCUGCCGCCUGGGGGAGCCCUGUCACGGAGACCCAGCCGCUCUCUCCUGGGCUGAGCCAGGAGCUGGAGGAAGAGGUGGCCAGAGGACUGAGGACCGACCCCCUCUGGGAACUGCUGGUGGGCUCCCUCGGAAACUCCCCCGCUGAGUGGGGCUCUGCUGAAGGCAGCCCUACUCCCUGGACCUCCUCCCUGCCUCCAGAAUCCACAUCCCCCCUCUCUGGGCCCACGGACCGGCCUACUGCUCCCUAUCAGCCCAGGCUGGGCACUGUGACCUGGAAUACUGCCCUGACAGCCACAGCACCAUCGUCCAGUGCCCCCAGGCCCCAUCAGACUGAGCUGGAACUGAAGUUUGACAUGGCGCUGAGAGCAGGCGCAGCCCCCACACUCGGACAUCGAACGUUGCCCCUGCUGCCCAGCCUGCGGGCCAGUCUGGCAGAGAUUGCUGGGCGCUUGGGACCCUUUGGGUUCUUUGGCACUACUCUGUCCCCACUCCGGAACUUCUCAGGCGCGAGCCUCCCAGGCCCAACAACAUCCCCAAGCUCUGCCUCCAGAGUCUCGGAUUCUCCAGGGUUCUCUGGGACCACUCUGUCCAUGCCCUCAUCCUUCCUGGAGACAAAGCUCCCAAGCCCAGGCCCACUAGACCCGACUGCUUCCCUAAGCUCUGCCUCCAUUGCAACAGCAUUACUAGACGCCACCAUCCCCACUUCGGGUCCAGAUGACCCCUCUCCUGCCAGCCUUGGGAACCCUUCCGUGCAGCCAGAAUGCGGUCCAGCGUCCUGCGGCGUUGGGGAAUUACCUGAACGUGAGGGGCAGCCUCCUGCGGCCCCCCUGCCCCUCUUUUUCCUUACCCUGGAGGCCGACUGGGCAGAGGCCAGAGCUCGCUGGGGGUUGGCCUGGGAGGCCCAUGUGUACGGCGUAGGCGCCCUCUUUGGCCUGGUGGCCCUGCUGGCGCUGCUGGCUCUGGCCCUCUUGCCCUGGCGCUGCCCGCCUGGCGCCCCCUGCCUGGCGCUGCUGGACGUGCUCCUGCUCUCCGCCGGGACCACGCGGGCUUUCCCGCUUUUCUACGACGCCUAUGGGCACAGCGACCGGCUGCCCGCGCUCGCCUGGCUGCUACUGCAGGACCUUCCGUUGCCCUGCCUGGCCGCCGGCCUGGGCCUGGCCUGCCUGCUGCUGGCCCGGCCCCGCCCUCCGCGGUGUCCCGCAGGCCUCGCCGCGCUGCUGCUCCUGGGCCUGGCGCUGGCGGCCGCCGCCGCGCUCGGGAGCGCCGCCCACCGCCGGCUGAGGCCCCUGCGGCUUGCCUCCCGCGGGCUGCACGCCUUCCUCGCCGCCCUCCUGUCCGGGCUCCUCCUGGCGCUCUCCUGCUGGAGAGGUCGGCGCCGACGAGCCGGAGCUCCCCUGGGAGGGUCCGGCUUCAAGGGCGCCACCCCUCUCCCGCAGGCGCGCAGCCCCUUCGCCCCGCGGGAUUCCUGGAGGCGCGCGGCGCGCACGGCCCCGGUAGCGGGAACCUUCGGGCUCCUGAGCGGAGCCCUGCAGGGCUACGAGGUGCUGCACGCGCUGGGUUACGGCGGCCAGCCUGGCCUGGAGGGGCCCUGGCCUUGGUGGGCCUUCCAGCUAGGCCUGCGUCUGGGCGAGGUGGGCGUCGCGCUCCCGUUGGCGCUGCUGGGCCUGUACCCUGCUCUCUGCAGCCGCCGCGUGCCGCCGCGCUGCUGGGCCAAACUCUUCCGCUUGUCUCCCGGCCACGCGGCUCCACUGCUGCCUGGACGCUGGGUCACUGGGCCCCCGGACAAGGAGCCUCUGGGUAGCGCCAUCGCGCGUGGCGACGCGGAGCUGCUGCAGCUGUGCGCCUUGGCAGGGCCGGGCCCCGACCUGCUACUCCAGGGAGGCGCCUGCCGGGGCUUCGAGGGGGCAGCGGCCAACCCAGCCCCUUCCCCGGCCUCCUCCCCCUGCAGCGAUUACACCGUGGAUUUCCGCCCGCCCUCCCCGAUCAACCUGAGGCGCAGCAUCGAGGAGGCCCUGUGCAGCGAGGCCCUGCUCACUCCGGGCCUCUUUCAGGGCCCCGCCUUUGAGGAAGCCCUGCCUGGCCUCGGCCUCUACAGCACCCCGUCUCCUGGGGCAAAGACCAAGGCUGGGUUCAGUGGGCGGUCUGAGGAGGCCCCAGGUACCCCUGUGCCCCUGGAGCUUCCCUCUCCUGGGGCCUGGCCCGCGGGCAGUAGCGCAUCCUCAGGCUCCCUCUGCGGACUCUCCCGGGACAGCUCGUCCAUGCUACUCUGCUCCAGCCCAGAGAGGCCCCCGCGCUGUCCGCUGGUCUGCGUCCUCAGUCCCCCGCGGGCCUCGGGAAGUAGCCCUAGCCUCCCAGCCUCAGGAUCCUACCAGGCCCUGUCCCCACCCUCUCACGAUUCCCCAGAGCCUGCUUCUGAGCUGCAGGUCGAAGAGGCCUUGUUGCAGGAGCAAUUCCUGGACGCCUGCCGACAGAUCGACGAGCUGAGUGUGGGCAGCGACACCAUAGACCUGUGAGGAGGCAGCCCAGUGGGCGCCUGCUCUGCCUGAGACCUGCGCACUGUAACCCUUCCCCAGUCUUGCCUGGCUCACACACCUCUCCCCGUCUCCUUUCCCCAUCCA